AGUAUUGAGAUAUUGUUGUGGUGGGAGACUGGCGGGCAUAGACGGGAGUGGGAGAGGAGAAAGAAAGGAAAAUCACUCGAUUAGUGCUCCCUUCCCAGUGUAUAUUUGGGGAGGCUAUUGUGAAGCCACUGAAAGAAGUAAACACAUCGAUUUGGGAAGAAAGGGGAAAGGAAGAACUGGAGGAGGAGGAGAAUGAGGAGCGAGUGUGAAGCGCCGUUGGAUUAAGAGAACUGUGGGAGUGAAGGAGGCGGGCGAGGCCAGAGAUAGGUACACCACAGCAUCAUCACAGCAUCACCACCGCAGCACUAAUCCCAUGGGUGCAUGAGGCGGAAGAAUGGGUGCCGGGUGGAGCGAGGUCGGGGUGGAGGGCAUCCCACUGGAGCUGGUGUACCGUGUGCUGAGUCACGUGUCCCUGCAAGACCUCACCACUCUGCUGGCCACAAGUUCCUAUCUCAAGAGCCUCAUUGAAGAGUCCCCGCUGCUGUGGUCCAGAGUACACACCAAGGAGCUCUGGCCCAACGAGAAGACAUGGCGGUGGUUUGAGAGAGCAGCGAAGUGUGGGAACGUGGAGGCAAGCAUCAAGCUGGUAGUGGCACUGCUCUACAAUGAGGGAGUGUCCAUGGGCAAGCCGGUGCGCAAUGGGGAGCUUGCCUUCACCCUGUUUGAGAGUCUGGAGACCGGGGGCAGCCUCGGGCCUCGCUCCCAGCUGUGGCUCCUCUACCGCCCGCCCUGGGGUGCUCAGCCUCUCUGCAGCAAGCGCUUUGUCUUCACCAGGAUAUCCCACGUGGCCCAGCUGAAGGGAGCGUCGUGGGGCAUCCGUGUGCUGAGCCGCAUCUCGGAGGUGGUGCCGGAUGGAGCGAGCCAUUCGGAUGCCUUUGAGAUCAACUGGGUGAAGAAGGCGCUGGAGGAGGGGGACAUCCAUGCGCGGCUUCUCCACUGGCGCUUCCGGUACGAGAAGAGGCACCGUGAGGGCAACCUGGACCCCGGCACUGAGUUGCAGGCAAUCAGGGACAUGCGGGAGAUGUGCCUCACCGGAUACUACCCAGCGGCACUCACCCUCUCACACUUCCUGGCUACGUCAAGAUGUCCUCAAAUCCAAGGUCUGCCAGAGAUCCGUGAGUUCCUCCAGAGCAGCCCCCCCUCCCGCACGUACUAUGCCCUCCGGUACCAGCAGCAGGUGACGCCCCACAUGCACCACGUCCUGGUUGACUGGCUGUGUGAGGUGGCCAACAUCAGGCUGCACUCCUCCCACAUCCUCCACGCUGCCACUCAGAUUGUGGAAGCCUACUUGAGCAUGGAGCAGGUGACUUGUAACCAGCUGCAGCUCAUUGGCAUCACUGCUGUCUUGCUGGCCACCAGGUUCAAGCCGGGGGAGUGUAUCUUGACAGUGACGGAGGCGUGCUGGAUCACAGAUGACACUUACUGCUACGGCCACGUGGUACGCACCAUUGGACACAUCAUGGCGGCACUCAGGGGCAACGUGGCACUCCCUACAAUUCUUGACUACGCCACUGUGCUGCUCAAGUGUGUAAGGGCGCCUCCCGUCACUCAGGAAUGGGCCAGGUUCGUGUGUGACUUGGCCACCACCUGCGCCUUCCCUCCCAAGACCACGCUGGCUCAGAUUGCUGCCUCCUGUGUCAUGCUGGGCUUCAUCCUGGCCCGCCUCCCAUGGCCCAACCUAGUUUCGAUAACAGGGUUCACCCACACCAUGCUGGUCCAGCCACUCGUCAUCAUAUAUAGCAAAAACUUUGUAGGGGAAGGGAACAAGUGUCAGAGGCGAGGAAUCUCAGACCGGUACAGCCUCACCUCCUUCAGUGCAGAGCAGGUGGGGAUGCAGCCAAUGCCCAGCCUGGAUGAGAUGCUGCAGGUGCUCUCUCUCUCCAUUGAUGAGUACAUGGAUAUUGUGGCCGAACAUCUCCUAUUCACAGAUGACGUUGACACGGAAUCUGGGGCUCCGAAGUGCAGCGUGAGGACCUGCCCCCCUCAGCCCACUGCCAGGCCCUCCCUACACCACCUGCCAGGCCCACACAACCUGCCUCCAAGACCUGCUGGGGGUGAUGCACAGCUGCACCCUGACCUACCCAGCGGCGGCGGUGGUGGUGCCAGGAGCAAGACUAGUGGUAUGAGUGGGCAGUGGCGAGGCAGUGAGCCCUCCAGGGACGGCCACAGCAGCAGUAUGGAUUACAGUGACAGUGAAUCAGGGAGUGCCAGUGUGUCGCCAGUCUGGGAAAACACACAUUUGAGGACUAGCAAGGUAGAGGCCAUUGUGGACGGCUCUAAGGCCACCGGUGCUCUCGGCCAGUGCCAGCAGGACCAGGCUGGGGUGAUGCUACCUCCCACACAGCACAGACACUUAGAAUUGCAAGAACACAAUGUCAUACCGAGAGAGGUGGGCGGGGAGAACCUCAGUGAGACGACAGACAGCGAGGAGAGCGCGGACCUCCUCCCUGAAGCCUGCGAGGGUCCUGGGGCGAAGAAUGCACGCGUUAACCUCAAGCGUAAGUUGGAGAAUGCGUCCGAGAGCGAGAGAUCGGAAAAAUACCUCAUUCGUGAUGUGGGAAACCUGCAGCUGGGGUGAGGCGGCCCCUGGCUUGAGUUUAUGUUGUUGUGUUUGGAGGAGGGAAGCAGGGGUGUGUCUUCCAGCCAUGGGGGGGAAGGGAUGUGUUUUCUUUGGAGUGUUAGGGCUUGUGCGUGUCCCUGUCACUCGCUGGUGUUGGACGGAAGAACUCUCACGGACCAGGAUGUUUGUAAAUUUACCCAACGAUUAACAUGCAUAUAAUCUGAAAUUUAUUUUGUACUUUGUGAUUUUUAGUUUCGUGGAUGAGAUGUUUGGUAGGUGUGUGUGUGUGUGUGUGUGUGUGUGUGUGUGUGUGUGUGUGUGUGUGUGUGUGUGUGUGUGCAGCCAAGUGGAAGUGUGUGGGUCAGUCUGUCGCCCUGACCACUGCAACAAUCAGUUAAGAUAAUCAUUUUCUCAUAAUUUUGCAACUGGAAAGUACAUAAUAAAGUCUCUGAAAAAGAUA